GGGAUUGAGAUCUACACCGCCAACUGCAACACGUGGGCCAAGGGCGUCGCGUUCGUUGACGAGCACAUCACCAAGCCGAGCUGCAUCCUGGGCCAGGAGCACAGGCUGGACGAUAACUGGAAGGAGGAGGUGCAGGCAGCGACCUGCAAGCGAGCAUGGGCGAUUGCGAUGGCGCCCAGUGCGACGGGAGCUCGCGGGGGCCGCAGUGCUGGGACCUACGACAUGGUGCCCAAACCCAUCGGCCUCACCUACGCGUACGGCCAGCAGGAGCGGAACUGCUCACCCACAGGCGGUGGGCUGUCAGAACGCAACCUGCUGAUCCUGGACCGCAUCGGCGAGCUCGCAGAGAUGCAUGCUGCCCCUUGGAUUCUUGGCAUGGACGCGCAGUUGGAACCCCGCACCUUGCACGAGUCGGGCUGGCUCCAAGACGUGGGAGGAGUGCUCCAAACCACUGGCAAGGUUACGUGCGACAGCAUCGGAGGAGGACGCGAGAUCGACUACUUCGUGGUCGCCAAGGGCCUCAGCCCUGCCCUCAGCCAGGCAGAGAGGGUGGGGGACAGUGAGGCCCCCCCGCGCUGGCCAGUGCGGAUGCGCUGCCUGAAGCAGCCCAGGGAGGCCAAGGUGCUGCGCUUCAUCAAGCCGCGUGCCUUCCCCAUGGCGCUGCCAGUCGGGCGUGCGCCGCAGCCGCAGCAGCGGCCGUUGUGGCCGACCAACUGCACGGGCAGGCUCGACCAGGAGGACCUGGACUGGCGCCAGGUCUCGCGCACGGCAGAGGAGGAGCUCCUGGGCAUCUGCCAGAUCCCAGAGGAGGAGCGCCCACGGUACCGCGGCCGAGGCGAUGCGCCGAAGACGGUGCUCACGCCGCUCCUGGGCCCCAAGGCGAGGGAUGGCGUUGGGCAGACGGUGGAGGGCGCGGCCUGGCGCUGGGCGGCCAACAGGAUCGGCAGCCACACACUGGUCGCUCAAGCAGCCAGGGCGAAGCGCCCAGACCCAGCUCGGGUGGCAUGGCCACGCGAGUGCCUAGGCAAGGCGUUGCACCGAGGGCGACGCCGCUUGCGGCAGCUCGGGGCCACGGGACAGCGGCUGGACCACCUCCUCGUCGACAUCGAACACUGGCGGCUGCACGAGGAUGGCGCUAAGGAGCUGCUCACCGCAGUCAUGGAGAUACGGCGGUGGCUCCUUAAGCAGGCCGACAAGAUAGUGAGUACGGUGGCUCAGCGACCCCCCGCGCCCAUCGCGAACUACAAGAAGGACGAGGUGGAGUUGCUCGACGGGCUGUUCAAGACAAGCACUGGCAUCGGCCCUGACUGGUGUCACCCGGGAUGGUGGACGUGGCUAUCGUCGGAGGGCAUCCAGGCGCUGGUCGACCUCGCCGAGUACAUGCUCCACCACGUUCAUUGGCCUACCCAGGUAGAGCUGUUGGCCUACUUCCUGGUGCCGAAGCCGCACGAGGAUGGGCGCCGCCCGCUGGCCCUCUUGUGCUCCCUGGUUAGAGUCGUUGAAACGUUGAUGGCAGAUGAGUAUCGCAAAUGGGAAGAGAUAGUCGCACAACCCUAUGACUGGGCUAGCAGAGGUAAAGGUGCUGAGGACGCGAUGUGGGACCUCAUGCUCAGGGACGAGAGCUGCCCAGAGGACCACAUCAACGCGGCUGUGGUGAAGGACCUGUCCAAGGCGUUCGAGCACGUCACCAUGAGGCGCCUGUGGGAGCACGGGCGCAAGCUGGGGAUGUCAGAGCAGGUGCUCCACCUCAUGAUCUCGAUCUUCACUAUGGAGAGGGUCGUUACGCUGGAUGGUAUGGUGGCCUCUACACGGAUGCGUGCGUGGUCGGCAGCGGCCGCAGGCAGUCGUGGUGGUGCACCGGCGCUCAAGUGUUUCACCAUCAUCUUGUUGGACAUGGUCAUUGCCAGGCCGUGCCUGGAGGGGGCCAAGAGGCACGUCAAGCUCUACGUCGACGACACCACGCUCCACCUGCAGGGCGAGCGGGAGGCGGUGGUGCACGAGGCGAAGGAGUCUGCGAUGGCAUACAUACAGGCAGCUGAGGCAGAAGGCCUCCCUCUGUCGCUCACCACGCACAAGAACGGCGUCACCAAGAAGAGAAAUUUCUAUGUCUACACGGCAGACAAGCAGGCCAAGGCCAAGUUCAAGCUCUGGGCGAAGGACUGGGGCCUGGAGAUCCAAGAGGAGGGCGCGCAGCUGGGCGUGGACUUCACGGGCGGUGUCGGCGCGCAGCGGCGGCCCAAGCAGCAGGAGCGCGCAGAGGUCAUGGUCACGAGGGGUACCAAGCUGAACAUCCUUAAGAAGCAGGGCGCCAGCUUUGGCACGGCCAAGGUCGCCAAGCUUGGCUUCUUGCCGUCCAUGCGCUACGGGGUGGCCUGUAUCGGAGCGCCGCCGAAGCUCAUCGAGAGGGCUCGCAUCAACAUGUCGAUGGCGCUGAGCGGCGAGGCCAUGGGCAAGGAUCGCACCUUGCGCCUGUGGCUCGAGGAGGCCGACCCAGCGGUGAGCCUCACCAUUCGGCCAGUGGUGAAGUCGGCUGAGGUGGUAUGGAGUCGGGCCAUGGACGAGGAGGCUAUGGUCGCGGCAUGGAGGAAGGCAUCAGCGCGGCUGGCCACGGCAGGCACGGUGGCAUGGUCGGCAGUCAAAGGACCUGCAGAGGCAGUCUUGAGGACCCUGCGCGACCUCGGCUGGUCAUGGCCUGCGCCGUGGACGCUGCUCACACCAGCGGGCGUCCAUGUGCCAUGGCACGCGAUUGCGCCUAAGAUGGUCAGGUACAAGCUGGAGGGGGCCAUCGAGCGGCAGGUCCUCACGAAGUGGGCCACAGAGAAGGGCAUCGCCGAGGAGGUCCCGAUGCCGUUUUUGGAACCGGUGAGGGCGCUGCUCAAGAAGCGCAGGUGGGCUGCGCAUCAAGGCGCCAUCAAGGCCUACGUGGGGCAGGACUACUGCACGCAGGCCGAGCUCCAGCAGCGCGGCACCGUAGCCGACGGCAUGUGCCAGCAGUGCAGGCGCCCGCCGGGCACUCAGAGGCACCGCUUCGGGCGCCGCGAGGCCCACGAGGAGAGCAGGGCCAAGCUCGCCGACAAGCAUGCGGGCAUUGUGCAGCGCAUGGCGGGCUCAGGCGAGAGCUUGCUGCUCAAUUGCGGCCUGAUCGAGCAGUACCCCUCGGUCAACGCAGAGGGCGACGACAUCUGCGAGGACGACGUCAUGCCGUUCAUCUCGGGGGUCUGCUUCACUGACGGCUCGGGCAAAGGCGCCAACACGCUAAAGGGCUACGGCUGGGGCUACAUGUGGUUCGAGGAGCUUGCUGGUGAAGGUCAGUACACGGCGCUUGGUGGAGCAUACGGUAGCCUGCCAGGAGUACGAGCUGAUCUGUCGGUGGGGCGUGCCGAGCUCCAGGCCAUCUGGCAUGCCCUGCGCAGGGCGAUGCCCCCCACCACGCUGGUCACCGAUUACGAGAUGGCGGAGCUUUGCGACAUCUGGAUGCGCAUCUGGAACGUCGUGGACGAGACAUUCCCGAACAUGGAUGGCCUCACGGUGGUGCAUGUGCGGUCGCAUGGCAGAGGGCAGAACUCGUUCCACGUGCACGGCAACAAGAUCGCCGACGAAUUGGCGGUCAAAGGAGCGCAGCUGGCCAUGCCGCCGCAGUGGCAGAUCGACGUCUGGCAGGACCGCUGGAAGACGGUGCAGCAGGUGCUGGACUUCGUGGCAGACAUGGCAGUGGAGGUCGGCGACUUCGGGGAC